AUGAAGUUCUUUUGGGGGAUUCUCUUUCUUCUCUUGUUCUUGUGGGUUGAAGAAGCCUAUUCUAAAGAGAAGUCUUCCAAGAAAGGGAAGGGGAAAAAGAAGCAGUAUCUAUGCCCAUCGCAGCAGUCUGCUGAAGACCUUGCCAGAGUACCAGCUAAUUCUACAAGCAAUAUCUUGAAUAGACUAUUAGUCAGUUAUGAUCCCAGGAUAAGACCAAAUUUCAAAGGUAUUCCAGUUGAUGUGGUUGUCAAUAUUUUUAUUAACAGCUUUGGCUCUAUACAAGAAACAACAAUGGAUUAUAGGGUUAACAUCUUCCUGAGGCAGAAAUGGAAUGAUCCCCGGCUGAAGCUUCCUAAUGAUUUUAGGGGCUCAGAUGCACUGACAGUGGAUCCCACCAUGUUCAAGUGUCUAUGGAAACCUGACCUAUUUUUUGCCAAUGAAAAGAGUGCUAAUUUUCAUGAUGUUACACAGGAAAAUAUCCUCCUCUUUAUUUUUCGGGAUGGAGAUGUCUUAGUUAGUAUGAGAUUAUCUAUUACUCUCUCAUGCCCUUUGGACUUGACCUUAUUUCCUAUGGAUACACAACGUUGCAAGAUGCAGUUGGAAAGCUUUGGUUAUACAACGGAUGAUUUGAGAUUUAUCUGGCAGUCAGGGGAUCCUGUCCAAUUAGAGAAAAUAGCUUUGCCACAGUUUGAUAUUAAAAAGGAAGAUAUUGAAUAUGGUAACUGUACGAAAUAUUAUAAAGGCACUGGAUAUUAUACAUGCGUAGAAGUCAUCUUUACACUGAGAAGACAAGUGGGAUUUUAUAUGAUGGGUGUGUAUGCCCCUACUCUGCUCAUUGUGGUCCUGUCCUGGCUUUCAUUUUGGAUUAAUCCUGAUGCAAGUGCUGCAAGAGUACCUUUAGGUAUCUUCUCAGUUCUAAGCUUGGCAUCUGAAUGUACAACACUUGCUGCUGAACUUCCCAAAGUAUCCUAUGUGAAGGCCCUUGAUGUCUGGCUAAUUGCUUGCCUCCUCUUUGGGUUUGCAUCGCUGGUAGAAUAUGCUGUGGUUCAGGUAAUGUUAAACAAUCCCAAACGAAUUGAAGCAGAGAAAGCCAGGAUUGCCAAAGCAGAGCAAGCAGAAGGGAAAGGUGGAAAUGCAGCUAAGAAGAACACAGUCAAUGGUACAGGGACUCCUGUUCAUAUCAGUACUUUACAGGUUGGUGAGACCAGAUGCAAAAAAGUCUGUACUUCCAAGUCUGAUCUGAGAUCCAAUGACUUCAGCAUUGUUGGGAGCUUACCCAGAGAUUUCGAGUUGUCCAACUAUGACUGUUAUGGAAAACCCAUUGAAGUCAACAAUGGGCUAGGGAAAUCUCAGGCAAAGAACAACAAAAAGCCUCCCCCUGCCAAACCAGUUAUUCCAACGGCAGCAAAGAGAAUUGAUCUUUAUGCGAGGGCAUUGUUUCCUUUCUGUUUCUUGUUCUUCAAUGUUAUAUAUUGGUCGAUAUAUUUAUGA